AGCACCUGAGAGAAAAAGGGAAAAAAGUAAGGCAGAAAACUGAUAAUACGAUUCGGGAUACACACUAACGAACACUAGGAUGGGGAGAGCUCCUUGCUGUGAGAAAAUGGGAUUGAAGAAGGGGCCAUGGACCCCAGAAGAAGAUAAGAUUUUAAUCUCCUACAUCCAGAAAUAUGGCCAUGAAAAUUGGCGUGCUCUGCCAAAGCUAGCUGGUCUUUUGAGAUGUGGGAAGAGUUGCAGACUCAGAUGGAUUAAUUACUUGAGACCGGAUAUUAAGAGAGGGAACUUCACCUGGGAAGAGGAGGAAACUAUCAUCAGACUUCAUGAAAUGCUAGGAAAUAGGUGGUCAACAAUUGCAUCAAGAUUACCAGGAAGAACUGACAAUGAAAUCAAGAAUGUAUGGCACACCCACUUGAAGAAGAAACUCAAAAACUACCAGGCUAAGCAGCCAGAGACCAAACACAACCCUGAUGAAAUUAUCUCAGGGAAAGAAGCAGAAUCUCCCAAACUCUCAACUUCCAUAUCAAAUCUUUCGCCGGAAUCGCCUCAGCAAUCUUCUAGUGACAUCUACUCCUCCAUAACAGAUGCUUCUUCUUCGAUAGCAGCAAGUGAAGAAAACAACAUGGAUUUCAUUGAGUCAUUGGAGUACUUUCCUGAGAUUGAUGACAGUUUUUGGACAGAAGCAUUGUCAUCCUCACAGGAGAAUUCCAGUCUCCAGCAACCAUUAAAUUUUGAAGGGGUCAUACAUGAUCAGUUUCAAGUCCAAAUUCCAUCAUCUACUUCAUUCAUGGAGUCUGAUGGUGGAUAUGGACAUGGAUAUUAUCAUGAUCAAAGUUUAGAUGAUGGAAUGGGAUUCUGGUAUAACCUAUUCAUUAGGGCAGGAGAUGAACAACAAUUAACAGAAUUCUAAUCUAUUAAUGUGUUUGUUUUGUUUGUGUCUUGUCUUUUUGACACUGGCAUCAAAAAUAGGUAACAGUGUGCUUUGUCCAAAAAUUAGAAUCAGUUAUAUUAACCGAAGAAACAAAGUUCAAGAAAUGAUCUGAUUGGGGCCAAACAGAAGAAUAAAUGAGAAAGAAGAAAGGGGAAAUGGACUCGGAAACAGUUUUGUAUAGUGAUAAACAUAUUUAUCACAUACAGUAUGAUUACGAUUAUGUCAAAUUUAGGGUUAAUUUGCUUUUGUAUUAGAAAAUUUCAUGUGGGUCGGGAGUUAAAUCAUUCAUUGAUUGUACAGUUUAAUUAUGUUAAUGAUCAUUAUGUAACAAUGGUUUGCAUUGUUCUUGCAAAUAACAUUGAAUGACACUU